CAGUAACCUUUGGAAGGCUGUGCAGUGGACUGAGGCAGCAGCGUUCACCACAGGUGACAUUCUGCAUCCACCAGAGCAGAAAAAUAUGACUCCUGCUGUCUUCCUGGCCAUUCUGUGCUUGGGAAUGGCCUCAUCUUCACCAGCACCUGAUCCUGUUUCUGAUGCUGAAUGGCAGAGGUGGAAAAUAAAACAUGGAAAAACAUACAGUCUGGAGGAAGAAGGACAGAGAAGAGCAGUUUGGGAAGAAAAUAUGAAAAAGAUCAUACUGCACAAUGGGGAGAAUGGCUUGGGGAAGCAUGGUUUCACCAUGGAAAUGAAUGCCUUUGGUGACAUGACGCGUGAAGAAUUCAGAAAGUUGAUGACUGAAAUCCCAAUCCCAACUGUCAAAAGAGGAAAAAGUGUCCAGAAACGUCUGUCCGUUGAUGUGCCCAAUUUUAUAAACUGGAAAAAGAGAGGCUAUGUUACCCCUGUGCGGAGACAGGGCAAAUGUAAUUCUUGUUGGGCUUUCUCUGUGACUGGUGCCAUAGAAGGGCAGAUGUUCCGGAAAACAGGCCAACUGAUCCCUCUGAGUGCACAGAACCUAGUGGACUGCUCUAGACCUCAAGGCAACAGGGGCUGUUACAUAGGCAAUACAUACCUUGCAUUGCAGUAUGUGAAGGAAAAUGGAGGUCUAGCAUCUGAGGCAUCCUAUCCAUAUGAAGAAAAGGAAGGAUCAUGCAGGUACAAUCCACAUAAUUCUACUGCUAAUAUCACAGGCUUUGAGUUUGUCCCAGCAAAUGAGGAUGCCCUAAUGAAUGCGGUGGCAACUAUAGGGCCCAUUUCUGUUGCAGUCGAUGCAUGGCAUGACUCUUUCCAGUUCUAUAAAAGAGGUAUAUAUUAUGAGCCCAACUGCAGUAGUACUGCUGUCAACCAUGCUAUGUUACUGGUUGGCUAUGGCUUCAUAGGAGAAGAAUCAGAUGGCAGGAAAUACUGGCUGGUCAAGAACAGUAUGGGUCUUCGAUGGGGCAAUAGAGGCUAUAUGAAGAUUGCCAAAGACCAGAGAAACCACUGUGGAAUUGCAACAUAUGCCCUUUACCCCAAAGUGUGAACUUCUUUGUGGUGACAAGGAAGGAAUGGACAGAAGACAACAUGUAGAGAAGAGGCACUUUCAUUUCAAAACAGUUGACCACUGCUGUGUAUAUAAAACACUGCAGUCAUUGAAAAGCCAGUUGUGAUGUGAAUUUUGUGACAUACUACUCUUGUAAGACAUGACCAUUACUGUAAAUGAUCCCAUACACUGGUUUGUAUUUGUUUUCUAUAAAAAUGUUAUUUU